AUGGCGUCUCUGUGCACAGGAGCACCGCUGCCGGGGGCGAGAACGUCCCGGAACAAGCUGCUGCUCGUCUCCUUCGACGGGUUCAGGUGGAACUACGACCGGGACGUGGACACGCCUUACCUGGACGCCAUGGCAACGGACGGGGUGAAGGCCACCUACGUGACCCCGCCCUUCAUCACCAUCACCAGCCCCGCACACUUCACCUUGUUAACAGGGCGAUACAUCGAGAACCACGGCGUGAUCCACAACAUGUGGUUCAACACCACCACCCUGGAGAAGAAGUCCUACUACAUGACCCAGUUUGUGAACGAGUGGUGGGACACCGGAAGCCUGCCCAUCUGGAUCACAGCUCAGAGACAGGGCCUGAAGGCGGGCUCGCUGCACUUCCCCGGCACGGCCUCCAGCUACGACGGCGAGCGGGCGUGGGCCACGGACGUGGAGCCGCUCUUCUACAACUACUCCAACGAGACGGUCUGGCGGGAGAACGUGGACAAGGUGAUGGGCGCCUGGUUCGGCGCGCAGGACCUGGACUUCGUGUCGCUGUACUUCGCCGAGCCGGACAGCACCGGCCACAAGCACGGGCCGGACUCCGAGCAGCGCCGCGCCAUGGUGCGCCAGGUGGACCGCACCGUGGGCUACAUCCGCGCGUCCGCCGCCCGCCACGGCCUGGCGGGCCGGCUCGACGUCAUCAUCACCGCCGACCACGGCAUGCGCGCCGUGCUGAAGGGCGGCCUGGUGCGGCAGAUCAUCCUCUCCGACAUCCCCGGCUUCUCCUUCAGGGACCUGUCCUUCCACCUGGUGGACUACGGCCCCGUGGGCAUGCUGCUGCCGAAGGAGGGCCGGCUGGAGACGGUGUACCGCGCCCUGAAGGGGGCGCACCCCAACCUGCACGUCUACAAGAGGGAGGAGAUGCCCGAGCGUCUGCACUUCGCCAACAACGCCCGCAUCCUGCCCCUCAUCCUCAUCUCCGACCCGGGAUACGUCAUCCACGGGUUCGCCACCCUGCAGUUCAACAAGGGCGAGCACGGGUUCGACAACGAGGACAUGGACAUGAAGCCCUUCUUCCGCGCGGUGGGGCCCUCCUUCCGCCGGGGCCUGGAGGUGGGGCCCUUCGAGACGGUGAACAUCUACCCGCUCAUGUGCCACCUGCUGGGCAUCCGGCCCCAGCCCAACGACGGCCGCCUGGAGGCCACGCAGCACAUGUUGGCCUCCUCCCAGCCCGAGCCUGAAGAGAAGAGUUUCCUGUCAAACGUGUUCACUGGGCUGGGUGCAGUGCUUGGCUUCCUCGCCCUUGUGUUUCUGCUGGUGACAUCUCGCACUCUGUAUCAAAGGAGGAAAGCCAGCACGAGCAUGAGCAUCGAGAAUAAGAGUACCAGCAUGGUGAAAAUGAUGCACAUCGGAGAGAAAGAACCUGACACGAAACAGACAAGCAUGUGAACGACGGAGGAAUGAGCCAACCCCCCCGGGGGGACUUCACAAUCC